CAAAAGCCCAAAACAAAGUUCUUCAUUAUGAGAGAAUUUUCAGCACCAAAAUCAGUAGUAAUGAACAUAAAAUUACCCAAAAAGUUUCUCCAUUUAUUUGCAAAGGCAGCUUUGUUUCUUAUCUUCUUCUUCUUCUUCUUCUUCUUCGUUUACUUCUCUCUUUCUUCUGAUUUCUUCAACCAUACCAACUUCUGGUUUUUCCUUUCCAACACUCUCAUUUUCAUCAUUGCCCUCGAUUCCGGCGCCUUCUCUUCGCCUUCUAGCUUCAUCCCCGCCGCAAAACCCAACCCAACCUCUCCACAACAUAACUUUAAUAACACUAUAGUCGUUAAUGAACUUCCUAAUUCACCCAUACCAGCUCAGAAGGAAGAAGAAGAAGAAGAAGAAGAAGAAGAAGAAAUAACAAUCCCACUUACCACAGAAAUUUCAAUUCCUCCUAAAUUUAAUAAUCCAAUUAAACCUUACCAACGAAGCAAGUCAGAGAAAGAUAUCAAACGGAUGGCAGGGAAGGCGAAAAAGAUUACGAUGAAGAGAUCAAAGACAAUGAUAAGACAGGACGCGACAUCGACAAAAGAGAAAGAAGAAGAAGAAGAAGAAGAAGAAGAAGAAAAGAACGAGUUUACAAAAAUGACAGAUGAAGAAUUAAAUAGAAGAGUCGAAGAAUUUAUCGAAAGAUUCAAUAGACAAAUAAGACUCCAACAAAUAAAUGAACACUAGGAUAGCUUUUGAUUUAGUUUAACUUUUUUGUUUUGUCUUUAGUUAGUGUGUGUGUUGUGAUCUUGACCUUCCUCACUUGUCCCUUUCCAAAUAGCUAUAAGUGUUUUCUUUUUCUUUCUUUUAAUGGUGAUAACUGAUACUCCCUUUUCAUGUAUGGAGCUGCUGUCUUUAUCCACCACAAUCCAUAUAUAUAUAUAUAUAUAUAUAUAUAUGUAUGAAUUUAUCAUUAUUAUUCUCCC